AUCGUCAGGGACCACGGCAUCCGCCUGCUCGAGGCCCAGAUCGCCACCGGCGGCAUCAUCGACCCCGUGCACAGCCACCGCCUGCCCGUGGAGGUGGCCUACAAACGGGGCUACUUCGACCAGGAGAUGAACCAGACCCUCUCCGACCCCAGCGACGACACCAAGGGCUUCUUUGAUCCCAAUACCCGUGAGAACCUCACCUACCUGCAGCUGAAGGAGAGGUGCAUCGAGGAUCCCGAGACGGGCCUGUACCUGCUGCCUCUGCGGGAGCCCGAGAAGCCGAAAGUGGUGGAGACCACCCAGGUUUACACAGAGGCAGAGACGCGGAAGGUGUUCGAGGAGACGCAGGUGGACAUCCCUGUGGGCAGCCGGGCGGGCUCCUCCAUGUCGCUGUGGGAGAUCAUGCACUCGGACCUGCUGCCCGAGGAGCAGCGGAAGCAGCUCAUGGAGGAGUUCCAGUCAGGCCGCGUGUCCAAGGAGCGCAUGAUCAUCAUCAUCAUCGAGAUCAUCGAGAAGACUGAGAUCAUCCGGCAGCAGAACCUCAUGUCCUAUGACUACGUCCGGCGCCGCAUCACGGCCGAGGAGCUCUACGAGGCCAAGAUCAUCUCUCAGGACAUCUACAACAUGCUGAAGCAGGGCUCCAAAACCUUCCGGGAGCUCCUGGAGGUGGAGACCGUCUGGAAGUACCUCUAUGGGUCAGGCUGCGUGGCCGGCAUCUACAUCCCCUCCUCCAAGCAGACGCUCAGCAUCUACCAGGCGCUGAAGAAAGGACUGAUCAACUCUGAAGUGGCCCGCUCCCUCCUGGAGGCCCAGGCAGCCACCGGCUUCAUGAUCGACCCCACGAAGAACGAGAUGCUGACGGUGGACGAGGCGGUCAGGAAGGGCGUGGUGGGGCCCGAGAUCCACGACCGGCUCCUGUCUGCAGAGAGAGCCGUGACCGGCUACAGAGACCCCUACAGCGAACAGAAGAUCUCCCUCUUCCAGGCCAUGAAGAAGGAUCUCAUUCCCAGCGAAGAGGCCCUCAAGCUCCUGGACGCCCAGAUCGCUACCGGCGGCGUCAUCGACCCGCACCUGGGCUUCCACCUGCCCCUGGAGGUGGCCUACCAGCGGGGCUUCAUCAACAAGGAGACGCACGACAUGCUCUCGGAGCCCAGCGAGGUGCGCAGCUACGUGGACCCCUCCACGGACGAGAAGCUCAGCUACACGCAGCUGCUGAAGCGCUGCCGGAGGGACGAGAACUCCAGGCUCCUCCUGCUCCCGCUCUGCGACACGCGGAAACUCACCUUCCGGGGGCUGCGGAAGCAGAUCACCGUGGAGGAGCUCGUCCGCUCGCAGGUGAUGGACGAAGCCACGGCCCAGCGCCUCCAGGAGGGCCUCACCUCCGUCGAGGAGGUCUCCAAGAACCUCAAGAAGUUCCUGGAGGGCACCAGCUGCAUCGCCGGCGUCUUUGUGGACUCCACGAAGGAGCGUCUGUCCGUCUACCAGGCCAUGAAGAAGGGGAUCAUCCGGCCCGGCACUGCCUUCGAGCUCCUGGAGGCGCAGGCGGCCACGGGCUACGUGAUCGACCCCAUCAAGGGCCUCAAGCUGACGGUGGAGGAAGCCGUGCGGAUGGGCAUCGUGGGCCCCGAGUUCAAGGACAAGCUGCUCUCUGCCGAGAGGGCC